UAAUUUUAAGAUAUUUCAUCGGCAAGGCAAAUUUAUUACGAAACUGUGGUCUCGUGAUUGUGAUUAGUUGUCUUGUCUUGUCAGUGACUUGUCAAAACUUCUCUAAACAAAAAAGGAAUGAAUACCUAGAGUUUGGACAAUAUAUUGGAAAAUUCAAAAUUCAUUGAAAUUACAAUAACCAAAGAAAAUUAUUCGAACAUCUAAUUAGAAAAAUGGCUGCCACACGGAGAUUGCAAAAAGAAUUAGGCGAUAUAAGACAAUCUGGUAUGAAGUCUUUUCGUGAUAUACAUGUAGAUGAAACUAAUAUUCUAACUUGGCAAGGUCUUAUAGUACCAGAUAGCCCCCCAUAUAACAAAGGUGCAUUUAAAAUUGAAAUAAAUUUUCCAGCAGAAUAUCCCUUCAAGCCCCCCAAGAUCAAUUUUAAAACAAAAAUUUAUCAUCCAAAUAUAGAUGAAAAGGGUCAAGUUUGCUUACCGAUCAUAAGUGCCGAAAAUUGGAAACCUGCUACAAAAACUGAUCAAGUUAUCCAAGCUUUGGUGGCUUUGGUCAAUGAGCCUGAACCGGAGCAUCCAUUGAGGGCCGACUUAGCUGAAGAAUUUCUGAGAGAUAGAAAGAAAUUUUCUAAAAAUGCUGAAGAAUAUACCAAAAAGCAUAGUGAAAAAAGGCCUGCCGAUUAGGUGGUGUUUAUUUUAUGGUGAAACAAGUUGUGGCUUUAUUUUUGUAACAGGAUGUUCUAUAUAAUUAAAAGAUUUAUUUCACAAUUCCCAAAUUCAUGUCUUCUUACACUACUUCGGACAUUUUGGAUUUGUUCGCUACCAAUGUUGAAUAUUAUUAUACUAAAUAAAAAAGUGAUUACACAUCUA